AUGGCUGGGCAAUCCAACCAUGAACUCUCACUCUUUUCAGCAGAGGAGCUUGAAUUCAUUGCUGAGGAUGAGAUUGUCGACAUCGUUCCUAAUCUCAAAAUGGAUCCUCUCUGCCUAGUUUCUGGAGAUUUUGGUCCAUUUACGCCACAAAUUGUUACUCAAGUACCGCUUUGGUUGGCAAUUGCUCUCAAGAGGAGAGGCAAGUGCUCCAUUGUCCCUCCCCAAUGGAUGUCUGUUGAGAAGUUGACACAAGUGUUGGAAGAAGAGCGAGACUCUCAAGAGAUGUCAGGGCAUUUGCCAUUUCAUUAUGUAGAAAUUUCAAGACUUCUUUUUGACCAUGCCCGUGACAACAUUCCUGACGCAUACAUGGUGAGGUCUUUAAUUGAGGACAUCAGAGAUGUAAGGUUUCAUAAAGUUGAGACUGACUUGGAAGGAUUCAAUGGUUUUACAAUAGCUGUGAAGAUUAAAAAUUUAUCGGCAAUGGAAGUGAAUAUUGUUCGUCCAUUUAUUGGAAGAGCUUUACAAGCAUUUUACAAGCAUGAUUCUCCAGAGUUAAUCCCAGAUCCAGAGCGAGUUUCUGAAAGACGACCGCAAGUUGCCCAGAAUGCCCCUAGAAGGCAACUACGAAGAUAG